GCCCUGGGCCUCGGGGUGCGUCCCGAGGAAAGCGACCCCGGAGAACUCUUAAGAAGAAGUGCAAGUUGGUCGCUGUCACUGGACUUCCGCGGGACCUUCGCUGAGCGACUGAUGCCAGGUUCAGUCAUGCAGGAAAACCUCAGAUUUGCUUCAUCAGGAGAUGAUAUUAAAAUAUGGGAUGCUUCGUCUAUGACAUUGGUGGAUAAAUUCAACCCUCACACGUCACCACAUGGAAUCAGUUCAAUAUGUUGGAGCAGCAAUAAUAACUUCCUAGUGACAGCCUCUUCCAGUGGUGACAAAAUAGUGGUGUCAAGUUGCAAAUGUAAACCCGUUCCACUUUUGGAGCUUGCUGAAGGGCAAAAGCAGACAUGUGUCGAUUUAAAUUCCACAUCAAUGUAUUUGGCAAGUGGAGGCCUAAAUAACACUGUUAAUAUUUGGGAUUUAAAGUCAAAACGAGUUCAUCGGUCUCUUAAGGAUCAUAAAGGUGAAGUAACUUGUGUGGCGUACAAUUGGAAUGAUUGCUACAUUGCUUCUGGGUCUCUCAGUGGUGAGAUCAUUUUGCACAGCGUAACCACUAAUAUAUCCAGUACACCUUUUGGCCAUGGGAGUAGCCAGCCUGUCCGGCACAUGAAGUACUCCUUGUUUAGGAAGUCUCUCCUCGGCAGCGUUUCGGAUAAUGGAGUAGUGACCCUCUGGGAUGUGAACAGCCAGAGUUCAUACCACAGCUUUGACACCACACACAAGGCUCCAGCGUCAGGCAUCUGCUUCUCACCUGUCAAUGAAUUGCUGUUUGUCACCGUAGGCUUGGAUAAAAGAAUCAUCCUCUAUGACACUUCAAGUAAGAAGCUGGUGAAAACUCUAGUGGCUGACGCUCCUCUGACCGCCGUAGACUUUAUGCCUGACGGAGCCACUUUGGCUGUUGGAUCCUCCCGGGGGAAAAUCUAUCAGUAUGACCUAAGGAUGCUGAAAUCCCCCGUGAAAACCAUCAGUGCCCACAAGACAUCUGUGCAAUGUAUAGCAUUUCAGUACUCCACGUCUCUGAUGAAGGCAAGUUUAAGUAAAGGCUGCUCAAACAAGGCCCCAUCAGGGACCAAACGGAGUGUUGCUGUGAGCAGCAGUGGUGGGGCUGCUCAGAAUUCUGGAACUGUCAGAGAAGUAACCACCCCUUCCAUCGCCACAGUUCUCCCGCAGCCCGUGACGACAGCGUCGGGCAAAGGAGCCGCUGUUGCCCAGGACAAAGCAGGCCUGCCUCGAAGCAUAAAUACAGAUAUUUUAUCUAAGGAAACAGAUGGUGGAAAAAGUCAAGAUUUCUCCAGCUUUGAUGAUACUGGGAAAAGUAGUUUAGGUGACAUGUUCUCACCAGUCAGAGAUGAUGGUGUAGUCAACAAGGGAGGUGAUGAAUCUGUAGGCAAAGGCGAUGGCCUGGACUUUCUAUCACAGCUGAACUCCGUGUUCCCCCCGAGAAAGAAUCCAGUCACUUCCGGCACUCUGGUCCUGCACUCCAGUCCUCUUAGUGUCUUUACGGGAUCCCCAGUGAAAGAAGAAAAUGGAAGUCAGGAGCUGCCGGCUGAGGCAAAGAAAACGUACCUGGGGAAGCAGGAGCCUAAGGAGUCCUUGAAGCAGUUUACAAAGUUGAUCUCUGGUGCCGAACCUGGAAUUCUAAAUACCUCUCCAUCAUCUAACCAAACAAGAAAUCUUGAAAAAUACGAAAAGCCAGAAAAAGAGAUUGAAGCCCAGUUGAUACAUGAACCCUCCAUCAACGGAUCCUCAGCUCCAAUUCCAAAGGUAGCACCCUCUGUGAUCGCUGGAGUAGCCAGUUCCCUCUCAGAAAAAAUAGUUGAUACUCUUGGGAACAGUCGGCCAAAUGCACCACUGACCUCGGUUCAAAUCCGCUUCAUUCAGAACAUGAUACAGGAAACUCUGGAUGACUUCAGGGAAGCUUGCCAUAGGGAUAUUGUGAAUCUGCAAGUGGAGAUGAUUAAACAGUUUCAUAUACAACUGGUUCAUCAUGAAAGGAAUUUACACAUUGGCAGCAGCUCGACAUGCUCAUCUGCCUGCUGUGAUCCACUGUUUGAUAGAAUGUGAUGAGGAGCUGCUCAUCCAUUUACAUUCUUGUUGCCUCUUGCCCAAAGAUUUCAACUGUGUACUUGGUUUGUAUAUAGGUCUGUUGCCCAGUUUUGCUUUCUGGGAUCAAAAUAUUUACUAAAAUACAGCUUAGUUUGCCAACUUUAUGGUUUCCUAAAGUGAUGGAAGGUGUAAGGAUAUAUUUAAUAAAUAGAAACCAAUGAAUAAUUAUUUCCAAAAACGAAACAGGAAUGACUUUUCCCAGGUGACUCAGAUGCUGUAGUCUUUUCUUGGCGGAUAUGGCGGCAUUAUGACUUGUAACAAGUUUCCUUAUAUGUCACUCAAACAAGGUUAGAAUGCAGAAGUACUUUGUCUAUAUGCUAUAUUUUAAUAAAUUAAUAUUUUCCUU